CCCGUGUCCGAGGCGCGCCUUAUGGUCUGGGACGUUGAUGUGUUGCUAAUCCAAAACCUGAUAUGUCUACAGGUAGCAGUGCUCGUCGAACUGAGGUGACAAGUGCCAAAGUACGAAUCAAAGCUUUCCCUCCUUCAAUCGAUGAAAGAUAUGCCAAUCAGUUAUGGGAUCAGAUUAAAAGCGCGAUAAUUGAGAUCCAGAAAAAGAACAACAGUUGUUUGAGCUUCGAAGAACUGUACCGCAAUGCAUACACCUUGAUACUACAGAAACAUGGCGAGCGUCUGUAUGCGGGGACAGAGGCUGUUGUACGUGAACAUAUGAUCAAAAUCCGCGACAAUAUUGUUGAAAAUCUCAAUAAUAAGUUUUUAACUUACCUUAACUCAUGUUGGAAGGACCAUCAAACUGCUAUGGGAAUGAUUCGUGAUAUUCUUAUGUACAUGGACCGUGUCUACGUAGGCCCUCAUAAUCUGGAUGGAGUUUAUAAAAUGGGGAUGACUGUUUUCUGCGAUCUUGUCGUACGUUAUCCAAUUAUUAGAGAGCAUUUGCAAAAAACUCUGUUAGAUAUGGUGCGCCGGGAACGUCGGGGUGAGGUAAUAUCACGUUCUCAGAUUCGCGAUGCCUGUCAGAUGUUUGUACAGUUAGGAGCCGGAUCAUUACGUGUUUACCUUGAAGAUUUCGAACAGCCGUUUUUGGAGCAGUCGAGGGAGUUUUACCGCACAGAAAGUGAAAAUUUCCUUGCUGAAAAUACUUCUGCUUCCUUAUAUAUUAAAAAAGUCGAACAGCGAAUUGAAGAGGAAGUUCGAAGGGCACACCAUCAUCUCGAUCCGUCCACAGAACCCAAAAUCGUCACCGUAUUAGAAGAAGAACUUAUAAGUCGACAUAUGGAAACUGUUGUUGGCAUGGAAGAUUCAGGAUUGACUUACAUGUUAACUCAUGAUCACUUCAGUGAUAUCGCUGCCAUGUACGGCGUUCUUAGUAGGGUUGAAGAAGGACCUAAAAUAAUGAGUAACUACAUUAGUCUCUAUUUAAGGGAGCAAGGACGGAAUACUGUACGUGAUACUGAUUCAUCAACACCUCAACAACAUAUUCAAGAUUUGCUUCAAUUGCGCGAUCGCGCUAAUGAAUUACUAAUGAGGGCGCUUAAUAAUCAAACAAUAUUUCGUAAUCAAAUUAAUUCUGAUUUUGAGUACUUUGUCAAUUUAAAUCCUCGUUCCCCCGAGUUUCUGUCAUUGUUUAUUGAUGAAAAACUUAAACGUGGCACCAAAGGUAUGGCCGACCAAGAUGUAGAUGCCAUUUUCGACAAGUGUAUUGUAUUAUUCCGAUAUUUACAGGAAAAGGAUCUAUUUGAAGGUUAUUACAAAAAGCACCUGGCAAAACGGUUGCUGUUGAGCAAAAGUCAGUCAGAUGAUCAAGAAAAGAUUAUGAUAUCCAAACUUAUGGCCGAGUGUGGCGCUGUAUACACCAGUAAACUAGAAGGAAUGUUCAAAGAUAUGGCGGUGUCUAAAACACUUAUGGAUGAAUUCAAUGUAGUAUUAUCUAAUAGUAAUCGCAAUCUUAACCUAGACCUGUAUGUUCGCGUACUAACUACUGGUCUUUGGCCAACUCAGGUGACUAGUUCUAACGAAGCGUUACCGGAAGAAGCUGAUACAGCGUUUAAAGUUUAUAAAAACUUCUAUUUAAGCAAACAUAAUGGUCGGAAGAUAAAUCUACAAACAAAUAUGGGAUACGCAGAAUUGUCUGCUGUAUUUUAUGGUCGGCCUAGUUCCGAUGCCAAUGCACCUCAAAUAUCUUCUGUUACUGACUCACAUACUCACAGUUUCCUCAUUCAUGGUUCCAUGUCCUCGAAUCAAAUCACAAGUAAUCAGCAGACUCAAAUCAGUGGAUUGCCAGGAAGCCCAGGAGCUCCAAAGACACUGGAUCCACCCAUUUCAAUUAGUACUUCUAGUCAAUCAAAUGUACGAAAAUAUUUCUUACAGGUUUCCACAUAUCAAAUGAUUAUAUUAAUGAAAUUCAAUCGACGAAGUCGGUACAGUUUUAUUGAAUUAGCCAGUGAAACAAAUAUUCCUGAACGUGAAUUAAGACGCAGUCUUAUGGCUUUAGCAUUGGGUCGUUGUAGUCAAAGAAUUUUAUGCAAAGAACCUAAAACACGUGAUAUAGAAUCGAAUGAUGUAUUUUAUGUAAAUGAUUCAUUUGUUUCAAAACAUAUCAAAGUUCGGGUUCAAAGUAUCACCGUUAAAGAAAGUGAACCAGAACGCCAGGAAACGCGGACAAAAGUAGAUGAAAACCGACGUUAUGUGAUUGAGGCAACAAUUGUGAGGGUUAUGAAAGCUCGUAAAACUUUAAGUCAUGGACAACUUGUUAUUGAAGUCAUCGAACAACUAAAAUCGCGCUUUGUACCUACCCCUCUGAUGAUCAAACAACGUAUUGAGUCGCUUAUUGAACGAGAAUUUCUUGCUCGAUUAGAAGAUGAUCGUCGAGUUUAUAAGUACUUGGCCUAAUCUCAUUCUGUAAACCAAAUCUGAACUCACCCUGUAUCUUUCAAAUGCCAUGUUAUCAUUCCUUAUAUCUAUUCUCUAAAGUUUGCCACUCAAACUUCGUUAUCAAAAAUUUUCGACUUACCUUCUAUGACGUGUUGUGAGAUGAUGCGCUUUGAAUAAUGAUCAGAAUAAAUUUGAUUGCUCAUUAUCAACCAAUCAGUCAAUUAAAUCAAAUCUUCACUGUUCUUAAUUUACUACUAUGAAACGAUCUUCAUCGAUUUAUUACGCCUAAGUUACCUAUGACUAGUUUCGUUUUUCUUUGCCAAUUCCACGCUUCCAUUUCAAGUUUUAAUUAGUCUAUUAACCUUAUCUACAUAAAUUAUAUCGGAUUCGUUCUUUUGUGUAUGUACAUAUUUUAAUCGCCUCAGUUUUAAGUUUAUGCAUUUUAAAAAUGACUCCCAUUUUAUGCUCAUUCAUAACUUUUGGGAAAGGUAGUCUCAAAAAUAAUUACUCGAUUCUUUGAUUCUAUGUUCAAAUACUACCCACAAUACUAACUUAUGUUAUUUGGUAAAAACAUCUCUUUGUUUACAAUAAAUAAUGUUCUCAUUAAUGUGACUUGCAAAAACACAUAUUUCGGUGAGCAAAUGAACUUCCCUCUGAACAAAGGAAGCUAUUGGCUGUGUUAAACAAUAUGUUUAAUUAAUUCUUCAGUCCGCUAUAUGGUUCGUUUUAACUGUACACAUUUUGAGGGGCUUAAAUAUGCCCUGCAGUGAAUGUUUUUCUUUGUCCUUUUAUUUAUAAAGGUACAUUCUUCCUUUUUGAGUUUUAGUUCUACACGAAAUACUGUCCACAUCGUUUUGUGUAAACUACGUAUGUUUUCAUCUAAAUAAGGUGUGUUUUUCAGCUUGGGUUAAUUCCACUCUUUAAGGUCUUAUUUUCGUAUGUUUACUUAUUCUAGGCAUUGCUUCAAGUUGUAGCAUACAGUUUUGUGCCAUAUAUGUGUGUUUUCUAAUAUAUUUGAAGUUUGACUGUGAAAAUUUUAUGGAGUCUGUUAUAUAUUAGCUUGUUUUCUGUAUCACUUGAUAUCUCGAACUGAUCAAUUUUUCGGGGUGCAUUUUAUACUGCUGAGUACUUAUCAAAGUGUAGAUAGUUGAUCAAAGUAAUACUAGUGUAGUGAACGAGAACACAGGUGGGGCAAC